AUGUCGCUGCGCGCUAUACAGAAGCGAGACAGGGAGAAAUUAUCGUCCUCACAGCGGCAACAGCAGCAGCAACAGUUUAUCAGCCACCAGUGGCACAGCGGCGGCCAUCCUGGUGUUGGUGCAAUACUGCCAGCACCGAAUGCGACACAAUUGACGGCGGCCAUGAAGAUGACAGCUGCAACCGGCAGCGCUGAUGUAUCCACGGUCGUUCCCUCGGUUCAAUCGAUUCUACAGUACCAGCAGGCAAAGCGCAAACAAACCCAAGCUGCUUACGAUGUAGCAACGGGCCCGCUGCCAGUAACGACCAAUGCACCGACCGUGCUCAGACGGUCCAGCUCGUACCCGGCACUGUCCCGCAUACGCUCACGGCGCAAACAGCAGCAGCAGCAGCAACAGCUACGUCCGGUACGGUCGGAAAGUGAUUUGAGUGCUAUACGCGAUCUUCUCGAGGGUGGCAGCACCGGCGAGGGUGAAGUAUUCAAUGGUGGUGGUGGUGGUGUUGGCGUACCCGGAAGUGGUAACAGCUUCAGUACCAACAAUCUCUACCUCGGUGCCAAAUCGGAGGUGUGCCUCAAAACGCUGGCCGUGAAAAACACCGUUGCGGUACCGUUUGUGAAACCAGGCGUAAUGCAGCAAUCACUGCCAACACCUCCGGCGACCUCCGGUGGUAGCAUCCGGAGUGCGUCCAGCAGCGGUGGAUCAGCGGUCCAACCUGCCGCGAAACGGUUGUACGAGAGCCGCCGUACGUCGGAGCUGAGCAGUAGCGAUUUCGGCACGAACAAAUCGGACCUGCAUCUGAAGGCGAACACUAGCGCCGUCCGCAUUCCGAUCGUGGGCUACGAGGUUAUGGAGGAGCGUGCCCGCUUUACGAUAUUCAAGUUACGCAUUGAAAAUAGCAUUUCGCACACCUGCUGGCUGGUGCUGCGACGGUACACCGACUUUGUGCGGCUAAACAACAAGCUGCGGACGAUCUACCCGCACUGUAAUCUCGUGCUGCCGCGCAAGAAAUGGUUCGGUGACAACUUUAGCAGUGGCUUCAUCGAUAACCGAAUACAGGGCCUGCAAACGUUUAUCAACACCAUUCUUGGGGACGAUGCGAUGCGGACGUGCCAGGCGGUGCGGGACUUUUUCUGUCUCGACGAACCACCGUCCUACUCGGAGAGUAUGGAAGAAUCAAGGGUUAUCUUUGAGGCACAGGAAGAAACAAUUGCGCAGCUCAAGCAGCAACUGCAAGCCAAAGAGGAUAUGGUACAGGUGCUGCAAACGAAGCUUGCCACCGAGCACAACCGUAAUGCGAUCCUUACCAAUGUAAUACGAAACAGCGUGGAAAAUUGUGCCAAAUGUUCAAAGUCUGUUGAACAGGUGAUGAAAGAAUCGGUCUAUAAGUAG